AUGCGAUUCACUUGCCUGCAGGAGCAGCAGACUCGCAGCACUGACUCCCCAGACCAUCAGGAUGGAGGAAACCUACAAGGAAACAGGGAAAACGUGCUGGUCAAAGGAUGGGGUUUAUAUUUGAUUUGGAGGAAGACCAUUAGAGGAAUGCUGAGCAGCUAUUUACCUUGGUUUGAAGUUUUCUACAAGCUUCUGAACAUCUUAGCAGAAUACACUGCUAAAGGGCAGGACUGUCAGUGGAAGGAAUUGCUGGAAACACUCUACAACCUUCCGCUUCCAGAACCAGGCUCAACUGUUCACUUAAGUGUGCAUUCGUAUUUUACCACACCUGAUACCCGGGAACUUCCUAGUAUACCUGAAAAUAGAAACCUGACAGAGUAUUUUGUAGCUGUAGAUGUCAACAACAUGCUCCAUCUUUAUGCUAGUAUGUUGUAUGAACGGCGAGUCCUCAUCUCCUGCAGCAAACUAAGCACUUUAACGGCCUGCAUCCACGGGUCAGCAGCUAUGCUAUAUCCAAUGUUUUGGCAGCAUGUUUACAUUCCUGUCCUUCCUCCUCACUUAUUGGACUACUGCUGGUAA